AUGAGCAGCAACAGCGACAAGGACGACGGCAGCAACGCGGUCCUCACCCCGCCGCAGGUCGUCGCCGACAACGACGCGCCGGCUACCCCCGCCGCCGCGCCAGCCGCACCCUCCACGCCCCCGCCCACGACCGCGCGCCGCGGCCCCCCCAUGGCCCUCCAACUGCCCUCGCUCCCGCUGACCGGCAGCGCGCUCGACCUGCCGUCGCUCGCGCACGCCGAGGCCGACGACGCGGGCACACAGGCGGAGGACAGCGUCCCGCCGACCCCCGCCGCCGCGCUGCCAACCCGCACGCUCUCGCUGCCGGCGCUGCGCGCCCUCGCGGCCCGCGGAGGCGACUUCACGCACUUCCCAAGUGUGUCACUGCACCCGAGCCCCACUCGCCGCACCGUUAUAUCACACGUCGUGCCCGUCGCGCCGGGCUUCCUGCCCUCCACGUCCCCGGAGGACGUCGCAGGCGUGACCAGCGCCGCGAGCCUGCUCUUCGGGCCCGACCUGGCGGCGGCGCUGGUCGUGCGCCUCGCCGAGGCUGGCGCGCGGCCUGGCUCGCCUAUCGCGAGCAGCCCGCGUAAAGGCUCCGCGGCGGGCGUGCCAGAGGCGUGGUGGGCCGGCCUGCCGUCCAUCCGUGCGGCAGCACACGGCGCGCUCUUCGGCCUGCAGCAGGACGAGGGGGACGAGAUGGCCCCCGUCGUGUGGGACGGCGGCGAGUUCGCGGUGGUCGAUGGCCGGGGCGGCGUGUUCGCCUUCUCGCCGCCGUUUGGCGACGCCGAGCUCGAGGGCGUCAUGGAGCUCGUGGCGGCGCGCGCGGCGGCUGCUGUCGCGCCUGCCCCCCCGCCAGCGAGGGAGAGCGAGCUCGACGCCGCGUUUGCUGGGUUUAGCCUCGCGCCGCGCGCGAGUGCCGAGCUGCUUGCUGCGCCGCCUGCUAGCCCGACCAAGCCCAGUUCGGCGGUCACCUCGCCCCGUUCCUCGGCCGAGCUGCUGCGUACCCCCGCGCCGCCGAGCCCGACCAAGCCCGCGGCGACGCCGCGCUCGUCGAGCGAGCUCCUCCGCCAUAACAACAACCCGCCGUCGUCGCCUACCAAGCCGGCUGCGAGCCCCGCUGGCCCGUCGCCUCGCGCCUCGACAGAGCUCCUCCGCUCGUCGACUGAGCUCCUUCGCUCGCCUGCCCUUCCCCCCUCGACGACGGCCAAGGUCGCCGACGCCGAUGACCCAGACACCCCGCAACCCCCCAGCUCGCCCCGCCAGCGCCGCUCCACCCUCGGCGGCAUCUCGUUCCUCUCCCUCGGCGCUGCCGUCGGCAUUGGCAGAAAGAAAAAGUAA